AAGAAACUGAAAAGGAAAAAAGAAUUGGAGAGAGAAAGGGAACUAAUGAACCGAAGACAGAACGAAACACCGUUCCGAGUGCCAACAGACGGUGAAACAAGAAUCAUCCACAUUCGGGGCAGAAGCCGCUCCAAUAGCAACCAGAAUAACUUGGGGCGAGGAAUGUCACCACUGCAUCCACGUCCCGAGGCCGAACGUUGGGAAUAUAGACCAAGGUACAAUGGAGCAAGUUACAGAAGAACGGAACCAAUGCCUUUCCCAUUACAUGGAGUUGAUUAUCGUCCCUCUCGACAUUAUCCCUACUCUCGUGGGCGAGGUCAGCCACCAAAUCCUGCAGAGUAUCGGCCUACUGGAAGUCAGCCAGACAUUGUAGAAGCUUACACUGCUUUAUAGUCAUAAUUGGUUCAUCUUUGAUGAAUGCUCAUUUUUUAAGGUUUGUUUAGAUAACAGCUGGACAUUUGUAAACUUUUAAUUCAAUAUAUUGUUGUGAUAUUGAUCGUUAUGGUUGAUUACACUGGUGUACAGAAACAAAUCUUUUAUGAUGUCGUUGGGUGUAAAAUACUUAUCGCAAACAUUUUCCCCCCCUCUUUGAACAAACGAUCUUUUUAUACGAUAAAGUUAAUGACUUAAAUCCUAACUUCUGAAUUUCAGUCUGUAUUGUUUUAUGUUUUCUUUAAAUCACUGUCUUAGUAUUUGUAUAUUGUAAGUUAUCAGAACAGAUUGUUGAUUGUAAUUAUAAUAGUGAUUGCUGACUUUGGAAUUAACAAAAAUUGUUGACCGGUGUUAAUAUUGACCUGUUCUUGUUUCAGAAGACCAAAUUGCACAAACCAGGCCUUAUGUUAAGGUAUCGUUUGUUUACGUGUUAUCAAAGUAGACGUUCUUUCUUAACAACUUAUUGACCUCAUCUAUUUCCAUAGAUGACCAGUAUAUCAUCAGUUUAAAAACUGAGUAGUUGGACAUUACUCUACAGCAAUAAUUGACAAAACUUGUGUCUCCUUUCCUAAUACAUAUUUUGCUUCACUCAAGACUUAUUAACAUUGAUUUCUUUUAAACAUCUUCGUUUGUCACUCGUGUAUUUCAUGUCUUCAGUUAUAUUUGUUGUUUCUUGACCUAUUUUAUAAGUCUUGCCUGUGAUAUUCUGAAUAUUUCAGAGAUUUUAUUUGAUUUUUGAAUGGCUUGAUGUGAAAGUUAUACUUAAAAAAUAUUUUUUAAUCAAUGACAAGAACAGAUCCAUCUAGCGUUUCAGUAACUGGUGAAAUAAACGUAGUUAUUAAUUGUGUAAAAUGUUUCAACAAUAUAUUGAUGAAGUGUUUGUAGCUAAGAAGAGUUGGCUGUAUUUAACUCAUCAAAAUUAAUGAUUGUACAAUAACAUAACAGGGUGCUGUUGUAGCUCAAAUCCCAGGUGGAAACACACACGUUACUUAAUGAAUGUUUUAUACUUUCUUUAAUUGAGUUCUCUUUGUUGUCCUGUUAAAUAACUGGUUUAUUUGACUAGUAUUGACAGUAAAUGUGUCAUAAAGUUUUAUGGAAGACAGACUGUAUCAGCAAACAAGUCCUUUUUUCUGUCACUAUGCGUGUUGAAUUUUUUCC